GUUUCUGACCAGCGGUGGGACUGAAGUCUGAGGAUUAAAGGAGAUCAGAGAUGAGCUCGUAGGACUUCAGUCGGCUUCAUGACUGAUGCACAUUGUUUCAUAUAGAAGAUGAAAGCACAGUUGAUGUAAAAGAAAUCCAACAAACAUGGGGGACUGGAACUUCCUGGGCGGGAUCUUGGAGGAGGUGCACAUCCACUCCACCAUGGUGGGGAAGAUCUGGCUGACCAUCCUGUUCAUCUUCCGGAUGCUGGUGCUCGGCGUGGCGGCGGAGGACGUGUGGAACGACGAGCAAUCGGACUUCAUCUGCAACACGGACCAGCCGGGCUGCCGCAACGUGUGCUACGACCAGGCCUUCCCCAUCUCCCUCAUCCGCUACUGGGUGCUGCAGGUGAUCUUCGUGUCCUCGCCGUCCCUGGUCUACAUGGGCCACGCCAUCUACCAGCUGCGCGCCCUGGAGAAGGAGCGCCACGGCAAGAAGGUGGCGCUGCGCCGCGAGCUGGAGGCGGUGGACGCCGAGAUGGCGGAGGUGAAGCGGAGGAUGGAGAAGGAGAUGCGGCAGCUGGAGCAGGGGAAGCUGAACAAGGCGCCGCUGCGGGGGUCGCUGCUCUGCACCUACGUGGCCCACAUCGUCACCCGCGCCGUGGUGGAGGUCAGCUUCAUGACGGGCCAGUUCGUGCUGUACGGCCACCGCCUCAGCACGCUGUACAAGUGCGAGCGGGAGCCGUGCCCCAACAUGGUGGACUGCUUCGUGUCGCGGCCCACGGAGAAGACGGUGUUCAUGAUGUUCAUGCAGGCCAUCGCCUGCAUCUCGCUCUUCCUCAGCCUGCUGGAGGUCAUACACCUCAGCUUCAAGCGCAUCAAGAAGGGCAUCCUGGACUACUACCCCCACCUGAGGGACGACCUGGACGACUACUACGGCAGCAAAUCCAAGAAGAACUCGGUGGUGCACCAGGUGUGCGUCGGGACGACGGCGGGGCGGAAGGCCACAAUCCCCACGGCGCCCAGCGGCUACACGCUGCUGCUGGAGAGGCAGGGCAACGGGCCCGACUACCCCCUCCUCAGCGCCUCCUCCGCCUUCGUCCCCAUCCAGGGGGACCCGGGCCUGAAGCCGGAGGGCCUCAAGGACGUGAAGGGGGGGGUGCCGAGCCCCACGGAGCAGAACAGCAACUCCAACAACACCAGCAGCGAGACGCGCUCCCCUCCCGCCGAGAAGCAGGACGACCCCGGGGAGUCGCCCCCCCGCCACGAGGACCUGGCCUGCCGGAGCUCCGAGUACCCCACCCUCCCCGUGGCGGACGCCCCCCCGGGGCCCGCGCCGGCGGGCGUCGCCCGGAGGUCGCGGAGGAUCAGCCCGCCGUGGAACUGCUCCACGGUGGUGGAGGGGAACUGUUCGGACAGCGGGAGCUCGUACCCGGGGGGCAGCAGCACGAAGCUCCGCAGCAGCAGCCCCAGGUCCAGCCCCCGGUCCAGCCCCCGGCCCAGGGUGCUGUCCAAGAGGCCCAGCAGACCCCAGAGCCCCGACUCGGCGGGGGACCUGAGCUCUGCGUCGCGACACAGCCGCGAGAGCAACAGCCCCCCGGUGUCGUCGCCCAACCGGCGCGUGUCGGCGGCGAGCAGCGGCAGCAGCAGGCGCGCCCCGACUGACCUGCAGAUAUGACCUCACCUGCAGACACCUGAACUUUCUGUCUUUC